AUGUUUGUUAACUGGGUUCAUUACACCAUCCCAAAAAUCUCGUUCGUCCUCUCAUUAUUUUCCAAUCCUCUCUUCAUCUACCUAAUUUGUUCCAAUAAGAAAGUACUCUUUGGAAAUUAUCGAUAUCUUCUGGUAUUUUUUGCAAUCUUCAACUUGUUUGCUUCUGUCGCGGAUCUUCUAAUUCCUGUGUCUGUAUAUUGUUAUCGGUACGCAUUUGUCACUUAUGUCACCGAUGGCCCGUUUUCAGUGAGAUCUGCAUAUGGUGAAGUUCCUCUAUCUUAUCGUUGUGCAUUUAUCGCAGGAACGUAUGGAAUUUUGAAUGUGCACUUCGUGUUCAGAUAUCUAACUUUGAAACGCAAUAAUAUAAUCAAUGAGUAUUUCAUGCCAUAUGGACUGGUACUGUCAGUCAUUUAUGUCAUCGUUCAUAUGAUAAUAUGGUCACUUAUUGAUUACUUCUGCCUUCAUUCUGCUCCCGAAAUGCGAAAUUACAUCAGAGCUCCAUUCAAGGAGCUUUACAAUGAAAGCAUUGAUGAUAUCAAUUUUGUCGCCGGCUUGUUUUCAGAAACAUCCCCUGAAAUAGUCCAGAGAUCGUGGGCUGGAAUACUAUUGUUGACACUGAUUGCCAGUUACUCAAUGACGUUAUACUUUGUGUUGGGUUACAAGAUUAUCACUGGACUGAACAUUGAGUCAAUCACAAUGAGCAAACAAACCACUCAAAUGCAGAAACAACUUUUCAAAGCUCUGACUAUUCAGACAAUCAUUCCAAUUUGUGUCAGCUUCAUGCCCUGUUCAUUGAGUUUUUAUGGAGCAGCACUGAGAAUCGAUUUCGUGAACUGGGUGUAUUGGAUAUCUGCUAUUGCUGUUUCGAUGUUCCCUUUCUUAGAUCCAAUGGCUAUUAUUUUCCUAUUACCAGCACUUCGCCGACGUCUUGUCAAUCCGCUCAAUAAAGACAGAAAUUCUGUUUCAGCUAUUACUCAUCAAUAUUCUGAGACACCAGUUGGAAUCUAA